UCCAUUGAAAUUGGACACACAAUAUUACAGUUUUUCUGAGAGUCGUCUUCCUAGUUCUUAUCGAUUAGGGUUUUCCUGAGAAAUUUUGAUUGAAGUUUCUACAGCCUAAUCCUCUCUCCAUUAUCCAUGGAUUUUUCAAAGCUUGAUUCAUCUGACAUGCAGCAAUUCUACUCUCAAGAGCAGCAACUAGCAAUGGUUAAUGAAAUGGUGUCAAAGCUGACAGAUGCAUGCUGGGACAAAUGCAUCACGGGUACACCUGGGAAUAAGUUCAGUUCGAGUGAAUCUACUUGUCUUUCUAACUGCGCACAUCGCUAUAUUGAGAUGAGCCUACUUAUCAUGAAAAAGUUUCAAAGCUUGCAGUGAAGAUCAUCAACUGUAUUAAUCUGCAAUUUGGUUCUUCGUUUGGUCACUCAUGUCUGUCCUAGAUUACAUCCAAAUUGUUUGGGCAUUGUUAGUUUUUCAUCUCUGCGAAUGUGACACAGGAAAGUACUAUAGCGUUGGUUCCCAUGUGAAUCUAUACGAAGUUUGGUACCUUUCGGUGCUAUUUUUGUACUACUAUUUUAAUAGUUUAACUUUGAUCAUUACAAUGGCUCAUAA